AUGUCGCAGGAUAACACCAUUCAUUCAGACCUCAGCUUCGCGUCGUACGGCAACUCCUCCAUAUCCGACUUCGACCCCGAACACGAAGCCAUGGCUUCCACACGCGAAUUGGAAUAUAGCCCUCGCCUGCCUAACAUGAAAACAAGACCUGGUCGAUCGCGCGCCCCUCUCCACGACGAAGAACCCGACUACGCCAUCAACACGUCUACUCUCGACCGCGCUUUCCCCGAAUUCUCUCAGCUCCCAACCUCCGAAGACGACCAAGACACUUUCAACAGCGAUUUAUCCAUUGAAGUUGGACGAGGUGUCAGCAAGCCGACGCGCUUGGAUGAUUCUCGGAACUCCUUUAUGAGCUUUGAAAACAGCGUGCGUGCGUCCUCGCCCGCUGUACGGGUGGACUACCCGACGCCGCAGAAGGCUGCUGUGCGCUCCACGGCGCGACGCGCAGUCAGUGAGAAUUUACGCAAGGAUGCUCAGCUUCGACGAGCAAGCCAGGCUCAGAAAGAAAACAUGGGCUCUCAGGUGUCCAAACCGCAACGUGACCAGCGCCGAACUCUUUCUGAAAUGCACGCCAAAGUCCGCGAUAGCUACGAUGGCUCCUUUCUUGGGGACGAGCGUCCUGCUCCAGUUGCCAUCAAUACCCGCUCGACGCGCUUUGGUAACCGCUACAACUCCCAGGACAUUGCGGAUGCGGUCGAGCGAGCUUCUCGGGAAGCCUUCGCGAAGGAGACAGGCAAAGCGUCGAACAGUCCCCGCAAGACAAAUGCAAACACUGGACACACUUCCAACGGCCUCGGGGACACCGUGACUCGACAGUCUUUCCUGCUACCCGACCUUCCUAACAUCUCCGACCUUGUUUCCGGUGUCUAUGAAGACGGUACCCCUGUUUUCUCACGCCAACAGAAGAUGCGCCCUACUCGAUUUGUAUCUUCGCCGCAUGAUGAGGCGGACAUGUCUCUUUCGCGACAGCACGUACCGCUGGAUGCAGUGCCGAUUCCAGAGGAUGAGAAGGCUUUGUUCGUUUCUCUCAGACUCCUCCAGGACAAGGUUUCUGAGCUUGAGAGGGCCAAAGCAGAUGCAGAGAGGAGGUUGGAAGGUUUCCGCCGAGAGAAUGCGGUCUUGAGAGGAAACAAGCCUAGUCAAGCGGAGAGGUACGAGCCGGAGGAGGGCGAUUACCGGAAAGGAUCGAAACGACUGGCAAGCGAGAAUCAGAAGCUAGAAGCAGCCAAUUUUGCCCUACAGAAUCAGCUUGACAUUGCAGACAGAAAAGCUCAGGUUCAAGAAUCUGCCAUCAAGCGCCUGAAUCACGAAAGAGAGUCCGCCAUCUCUCAGCUGGGAGCCGCUUAUCUGGAAUCUCGCGAACUCAAGGCUGAGAACGAAGAUCUCAGACAGGAAAACACAGAGCUCAAGUCUCAACUCUCUCGGUUCUCAAGUCGCGAGCCCGACACUCGUGAUUCGGAGGCUAGCUCCGCGUCAACGGACGCAGAAGACAGUCAAUUUUACACUGAGCACGGUGAGGGUACGAGCCGCAGUACGAAGGAUAUGGCAUUGAAGAGUUCCCGCUCCAAGAAGCGCCAAGAUGAUUCCCGUGCAAAAGUUUCUGCCCAAGUUGACAAGGAAAUUUCCCGGCUCGAGAGGGAACGUGCCGAAGAGGCUCUUUUCUCUCUGAACAUGCCUAACUCCAAGCGCGCGCCGGGUUCUAGAGCAGGAAGGUCCGAUAACAAGAGCAGGAAGCAGCCGAAUACCAGCAAGCAACGUGUCAAACGUGUGGUUGUGGAAGACAUCAGCGGACCAGUGGAGGUGACUGAGCGCACCAAGAGCUCAUCCGAGGGUGACUUGACCCUGCUGAGUGUUAUUGACGAAAAUGAGAUUUCGCGCCUGCGCAAGACUUUGGAAGAAGAACGGUUGGCCCGCAAGCAACGUCGAUCGAGUGCACCAACCGAUCUUAUUCAGGACACGAUUAACUCCACUCGCCAAAGCAUCUUGAAGGCACCUGCACCACGCAAGUCAUCUCUACGAGAGCCUAAACCUUCGAUCCAACGACCCGCAUCGGCUGCAGGUGACAUCACUGCUGGUUCUAGGGUCACCACCGAUGGAGAUAGCAGUCUCGUUGUUCCUCUUGUGGAACGACCUCGACGGUAUUCCGAUCACUCGUUGCCGUCCACAUCUGGUCGCAAGAAGCGCCGUAACGUUGAGGACAUGACGUCCGCUUUCAUCCUUCCAGAUAUCACUCUCCACCACACGGAUCUGGGUGCCAGUAACCCCUCGCAACUCCCUGAAGCAGCCCAGAAGGCUCUCGAUAGCAUUGCGCAACAUGAUGGCAAAAACUGUAUGGUCUGCAAGAACUCCACCAAGGAUGGGACCUGCAACCAUGAGUCCAUCAAGAUUCCCAAACCAGUUCCCGUCUCGGAACGCAUGCCCAAGCCGUCACCCUUCAACGAAGAACCCACACUCCGCCCUUCCCAGCCGCCAGCUGUUGCUGUCGCCACCGUCCUCAAGGCAUUGGAAGACGAGCUCUCUCAUCUAAAGAUGCAGUUGGCCACAUACCAAAGCGCCUACAACAAGCUCGAUGUAUCUCUCGGCAAGCGACAGCGCAAGUCGCUCCUGGAGAGGAUCGAUAAAUUGCUCAAGGAUAUCGACAUGAAAUCCGACCAGAUUUAUUCUCUCUACGACGUCCUGGAAGGUCAAAAGCAGAGCGGGCAUGAGAUGACCGCGAAGGAGAUGGAAAUGACCCUCGAGUCGAUUGGCAUUGAUACGACCAUGUCCCAUGUCGCGGAUGUUACUGGCACUACCGACAAAUCAAAUCGUCACCUUGGCCAGCUCGACAUGGAUGAUGACGAGGAUGAGCUGCCGUGGGAGGGAAUCGAGAGCACGGCCGAUAUGACCGGCCACACCCGCGACUGA